UUUGUUGUUUUUGUCCAUUUCCAUUUAUUUUAUUUCAGCUUCAUAACAACGAUAAUAAAUCCAGUAUUGGCAGAGCUGCCUUCAUACAUUAAAGCGUGUAAAAAGUCGGACCCGGAUAUUAAUAAAUGUAUAACGAAUACUAUUGAAAAUUUGAGAAUUAAAUUAUCUGAUGGGAUACCUGAACUUGAUGCGCCAGCUAUUGAACCUUUAGUUUUAAAACAUGUACGCCUGGUUCGAGGACCUGAAGGUGCUAGACUUGAUGUCAAUCUCACAGACAUUCAGGUGAAAGGUCCAUCCACAUUUAAAAUACGAGACUUUAAAGCUGAUGUUGACGAUGUUACUUUUACAUUCAAAGUCAGCUUUGGAGUAUUGAGUUUCCAAGGAAAGUAUCAGAUAAAUGCACGACUAUUAUUGUUGAGACUUGCUGGAAGUGGUGAUAUAACGGGAAAUUUCACUGGUUAUGAUUCUGAUGUGACGCUUCAUGCUGAAAAAGUUGUUAAAAAUAAUGAAGUAUAUCUCAACUUUGAAAAAAUGAAACUUGUCAUAAGAAUUGGAAAGGCUGAUAUAUAUCUUUCAAAUCUAUUUGGUGGUGAUCCUAUUCUUGGUCCAGCCAGCAAUCAAAUACUCAAUGCAAAUAGCAAUUUGUUAUUAGACGAAAUAAGACCUGUUUUAGAAACAGCUCUUUCCGAUUUAUUCACAGACGUUGCUAAUAAAGUUACAAAUUCUUUCACAUAUAAUGAGUUAUUUCCAGACGACUAA